AAAAAAACAAAAAAACACCUUAAUUAUGAAAAUACAGUACAGAUGGGAAAAUGCAGCCUUACAUUUUUCAGACCAGCAAUGUGCUAUAUUCAGCUCAGAAACUAAACGCAGCAACAAUUUCUCCUGCCUGCAUCGGCUCGCUCUAAUUGGUUUGCCUCGAGCGAGGAGGAGUUCCUUUGGCUAGGCGCCUGUAAAAUAAACAAGGGGGUGGUAGAGCCAGCAACACGACAUGGUAUAAAUAUAAGGGCUUUAACUUUCUGUCUGUACCAAGACGAAGCGAACUGUUAUUUAGUAGUGGCUGAGUAGAAACAACAACAACAACAACGACGCCGCCGCCGCCGCCGCCAAUGUUAUUCUAUGUUACUAAGUUAUAAUCUAACAGAAAUUUACAUUUGGGCUCGUGUUUUGAGGAGGUAACUAUGGGACAUCUCUUUGUUCUCCUCCUCUUCGGAGUGGCAAUGUCGUCUGUCUUCUCCCAGUACUCUGGAGAGUCUGGCUCUGACAUCGGGAUCCAGGUCUUCAAUCAGAUUGCAAAAUCCAGACCGCAGGACAAUCUCGUUCUGUCUCCUCACGGGAUAGCAAACCUGCUUGGAAUGCUGCAGUUUGGAGCAGAAGGAAAGACCAAGAAGCAGCUUGUGACAGCUAUGAGAUACAAUGUGAAUGGAUCAGCUAAAAUGCUGAAAAGGGUACAGAAGAGCCUAGCCUCUGGGAAGAAUAAAGACCUUGUUACCAUAGCCAAUGCAAUGUUUGCCCAGAGCGGUUUUAAAAUGGAAGAUGCCUUUGUCUCCAAGAACAGAGAGGUGUUUUGGUGUGAAAGCAGAAGUUUGGAUUUUAAUGACUCUAACCAUGCUGCAGCUUCUAUCAAUCACUGGGUUGCAAAUCAAACCAGAGGUAUGAUUGAGAACCUCAUAUCGCCUGACAUGCUCAGCAGUGCCCUAACAAGGCUGGUAGCGGUGAAUGCCAUUUACUUCAAAGGCAUGUGGAAAUCUAGGUUUCAUAACAGGAACACAAAGAAGCGCAAUUUUCAUGGAGGAGAUGGGCAAGUACACCAAGUGCCCAUGAUGUCACAGCUGUCUGUAUUCAACAUCGGCUCAACAAGUACCCCUGAUGGUUUGGAAUACAUGGUCAUUGAACUGCCCUACCAUGGAAACAGUAUGAGUAUGUUAAUUGCCUUUCCCAUGGAAGACAGCACCCCUCUGUCGGCUAUCAUUCCUCACAUCAGCACAAAAACAAUUCAGAGCUGGAUGGAACUGAUGCGCCAAAGAAAGGUUCGGCUGGUCAUUCCGAAGUUUACUGCCGAGGCAGAAACUGAUUUAAAGGCUCCUCUCUUGGCUCUUGGUAUCACAGAUAUGUUUGAUCAGAAGGCGGCAAACUUUCGAAGCAUUACAAAAUCUGAACAACUCAGUGUUUCCAAAGUAUUGCAGAAGGCUAAAAUUGAGGUGAAUGAAGGUGGGACAAAAGCAUCUGCUGCAACUGCUGCAAUUUUACUGGCCCGGUCUUCCCCUCCAUGGGUCAUUGUAGAUGGACCUUUCCUUUUCUUUGUUCGACACAACCCAACAGGUACUGUGCUGUUUAUGGGACAAAUUAACAAGCCGUAGGAACGCAGUGCAGUGAGAAGAGGCCUUGUUUUGUUUAAUUUUGUCUCCAAGAUUUCUGGCUUUACGUUUUGAUGUCCCAUAACUUUUUUUAUUCAGGUCGAAACAGCCUGUGUUGGUCCAGCUUUUCUCAUUGGGAACAUUUUAAACAUUUUUCUAAUGUUAUUUUGACAUUAAUAAUUUUAUACUACUGAAGCGAUUAUUUAAUUGGAAGCACAUCGGUGGAAAAUGCCCUUUUAUUCUUAACUCCAUUGCUAUCGGUGCGCACAGAGCAUAUUGUUAGCAUUAACUUGUGAUGUUUGAAGCAGUGCACACGUCUUGUAAUGGCAAUAUGUAAUACACUCCUAAAUGCAAAACAAAUGUGGUCUAAUUUGUGUGUGUGUAUAUUAAUAUAUAUAUAUAUUGA